UAAACUUGAUCAAGACGGUGUUAUGAUUAUUGUGGAAGGUCGGACAUGUUAUGUUAAUUUGGAAGUGACUACUCAGUGUAAAAUGUUUUUUAUUUUUAUUUUAAGCACAUGCCAGUGAAUCAAAGCACGGUAAUACUAUCUCGGACCAUUGGAUACUUUCCAUCAUUUUUGUGAUUUAAAAAAACGUGCUGAAUAUAGUGGAUCUCCUUUUUUACUUUUCCAUCGCAUUAUUUGUGCUCCUACGCCGGAUGUGGACUCUAGAUGAAUACUUAGUGGCUACGUUCAACCACUUUUAUCUUUCAUAUAGGAGUAACUUUUUUAAUGUUUAUUACCCAAGUCGACCUUUCUUCCCCAUACAUGAUGUAAGAAAUUGCCUAUUACUAGAAAUCAGUAUUAUUUCGCGUGGAAAUUGGUCAAUUUACAAUGGUGAUCACUUACCUGUAACUACUGUUCAUGAGGCAUGUUGACAAGAGACUAGACACCAGAGGGUCCCAAAAUCAGGAAAUAAAGUAUUUCAUCAAAACAAGCAUAGACUUCAAUACGAACAAGCAUACCUGACUACUGACGAUAUCAUUGAUGGGUAUUUCAAUGUCAGACUUACAACAUCUAAGGCAGACUAUGCACAUGAAGACAAUAACGGUAUAUUGGGGACGGUCUGCCUUGAAUCGCCCAAGAUGACUUUGUGAGUUUUUAGUGAACAUCUCGCAGUUUAAGGGUUCCGAUGGAUAGCUGAGUGUCUGUCGAGGACCAUCUUAGGAAGACGCAAAAGAAAACUGACAUUGCGCAUAUCAAGAACACUUAAUACGUGUAAUAGGAACGUUUAAAGGGACAGCAUACAUUAUGGAGAUCUCGUAGUUUAAUGGUUUCGAUGGAUUAUUGAGUGUUUGUCGAGGACCAUCUUAGGAAGACGCAAUAAAAAACUGGCUUUGAGAUUAUCAAGAACACUUUAUACGUGCAAUUGGAACGUUUAAAGGGACAGCACCCACUAUGGAGAUUGGAAUGUCGACACUGGAAUACCUUAAGAAGACAUUAGAUGAUGAGAUGGGUCCCGAUGACGUUGCACAGAUGCUUCGCUUGAUGCAAAGCAAAUUAGGGAAAGCUUAUGCAAAGAUGUUGGCUGAUUCAAAACUCCCUAGUGAGUUGCUCGGGUUCCUGGAGAACAACAAGCCCGAGGAUGAAGUGUUGUCUAUCGCUUUUCACGUGCUUAAAACAAUGAACUACCACGUGGAAGACAAGAACAUUGCUGAAUAUAUUGCUUCCUGCCAGAGCACUAGAACAAAAUGUCAUGGUCGGCCAGGGGUUUCGGUUUUGGGUAGAGAAGAGGACAUUGCGCAUGUUUUGGCGUUGCUUCAGGAUAACAGAGGUGUUUUGAUCUAUGGACCGGGUGGGUUUGGAAAAACGACAUUUGCAAACGAACUAUGUGCAAGAUUGGCUUAUCCGAGAAACGUUGAUACAUUUGUUGUGGAAAUGAGACAAUCAAAAUCUAUCAUCGACCUUUAUAAAGGGAUUCUAGAAAGCAUACACAAUAUUGCAUUUGAUGGGGAUGCAAUGGAGCUACAAAACGAAGUUUUGUUCAGGCUGAAACAGCUAAAGAAUGAAUCUUUCUUUCAUCUGGAUAACAUGGAACAUUUGUAUGAAGCUAUGCCGAAUGAGCUGAGAGAAGUUCUUGGAAGACUGGAGGAAGUCAAUCAUAAGGUUAAAUGGAUUGCUACCUCACGAGAAAUGUUUGUAGUUGGUGGUGCGACCAAAAUGAAAGAAUUCGAGUUAAAAGCACUGAAUAAUAAUGCUGCAGCUAAAUUACUGACACAGUGCUGUGGACCAGUUCGUCUGAAUGAGGAAAUCAUUCAAUGCUUGCUUAAGAAGUGUUCCAAUAUCCCUCUUGCAAUUGUCUUGAUGGGCAACACCUUGAGCAAUUUCUGCGAUUCUUCAGAUCCUGAAUCAGAAUGGCAAUUAAAGAGUAGCUUUCUUGAACAUUAUGUGUUUCCAUCGGUCGCACAGGGAAUGUAUGGCUGUUUACAGUACGCUUUUGACCGAAUUGAUCCUUCAGACCAAACAAUGGUGGCAAAACUUUCAUUUCUUGGAACAGUCACAUUUGAUGUAGAAUGUGUAUCGUAUAUACUUGAUAUACCUAUGAAUGGACAAAACGGUGCUUUGAUGUUAAUGAUGUCCUUGACAACUAAACACAUUGUUCAAAGAGCAUCUACGAAGUGUGGCCAACAUUCCUUCCAUGAGAAGUUCGCAAAUUUCUGUUAUUCUUUUCACCCUUUUAUAGCUCAAUACAUAAGCCAAAGUGAAUGUGUAUCAACAGAGGAAUUGUCGGAGGCAAUACAACGGUUCUUUUCCUACGUCCUAAGCAAAGUGGAACCAUUAAAGGCUUUUCAAGAUCUAGAUUAUGCGAAAGUUUGCAACGCCAUUCAACAGAAUCGGGACACAUUCUACCUUGUAUCCAAAGUUUUCGCAGAGAUUGAUACUGUUGCGCUCACCGAAAGUGUAAACAAUUUCUUUGGAAAGGCCUUUGAAACAUCGGUUUACAGUUUUGCUGAGAGACAGUCUCUAUUUGACCGCAUAGCAGACUCGUGUGAACAGAAAAACAACUUGUAUUCAUGUUGUUUUUGGAAACUCGAAAAGAUUAACGGCCUCAUGACAUCUAAAGACCCAGACGACAACCACCUUGCAGCAGAACUUGAUCAUGUUGAAAGUUUUGUCAAAACAAUACCUGAUCACACUGCAAAGUUGCAACUAAGCGCAAAACUGUUUUAUUUACGAGGGCGCGCACUACGAAAACGGCAAUUACCGGAUACACAAUAUAACAAGAGUGAGGUGUUGUGCAACUUUGAAAAAUCCGUUGAUCUGUAUACCCAGUUGUCUUCACCUGACAAUAGUUAUGAAAUAGAAUUGUCACUGAAUUUUAAUGCUAUUGGGAAUGUUUAUUUUGACCUGAAAGAUGUUGAUAACGCUUACAAGAUGCACGCCAAAGCUGCAAAAACUAUCAGGGAGUACACGCAAAAUGGCAUGCACCCGAACCUGACGGUUUACGAAUUUAACAUGGGUACAGUUGCUUUACAAAAGGCUGAAUACCUCUUGGGCCAGAACAAAGAAAUCAGCGGAGAAGCAAUGACGUACUAUUUGGAAGCUCUUGAAUGCUUUAACUUUUCAAUGUCACUCGACAAAAAUAUCGGCAAGGACAGAGUGCAACUAUAUGGAGAUAAGUUGUCAUACCGUGCAAAGUUGUAUGAAAGGUUGUCCAAAUUCGACGAUGCCUUACGAGAUAGGGACGAAGCAUUGACGCUAUAUAGAUUUCUUUCAGAAAAUGAUAAAUCAAACAAUAUUAAAGAGUGUUUUCUUGAAGCAUUAAUCAAGAAAGGAGGAACACAUUUAAAGCAUAGCAAAACUUUCAAAAGAGGAAACGAUGAUUUCAAAGCAGCAGUAUAUGCGGCAAUGCAAUGUUUUCGAGAAGUAGAAGAAAUCGUUAGAGAUGGAGGUGGGAGAAAACUCAAGGAAGAACUUAAAAUGGAUUUUAUUGCGAAAUACCGUUCAACUGCUCAACUAUAUAAAUCUUCAUCUCCAAACGAAAUUGAGGCAUUUUGUAUGAGAUAUGAAGCAAACGAAAUGUCAGAUUCCGACUCUUCGACAGAAACCGAAAGUAGUCUUGAGGAAAUUACAGCAACAUCGCCAAGCCCAUCUUUACAUUUUGAAAAUAUGGACACGGAUGACUGUGUCCAAGGAUUAAACAAACGGCGACGGUCUUCCUCUGGUGAAAGUGAUUUUAUGUAGAUUGAAGAAAAUCUUUUAUGAUGUAAAAUGUGUAUUUUGCAUGAAUUGGGAAGUAAACGUUACUUAUACGUUAUGUAAUAAGUGUAAGGUUAUAGCCAUAAUCAUGCUUACAAUUUUCAUAACAUUUUCCAGAGACAUUUUUUUGGAGUAUGUAAAGACCAGUAAAACGCAGUUUAAUUUGGAUCAGAGAGUUGCUUACCUAACUGGAAACUAUCUAGACUAGCACAAAUAUGAGAUUUAUUAUGAUAUUGCUGAAGGGCAAACUGGUCAAACCCCACUGUUUAGCAUGACGUGCUAACACAUAAGUGUAUAUAAAAAUAUUUCAUAGGCUUGUUCAAUGUUUUCUUUCCUUUUCAAAAUUCACACAAGACGCCAAUGCUGCAACGCCGCAUUAAAGCCGGAUUUUUUAUUUGACGAUGCAAUUUUGCAAACCUAGGAUUUGAGCUAGUGACCUAGUAUUUUUAACCAAAAAGACCCAUAUAUAUACUUAUCGGAGAUAUCGUUCAUAAAAAUAACCUGAUCAACAGAAACUAUUCCAUUUUAUGUGAGGAAAAAUUAACAUUUUAUAAAUACAUCAGCUUUUCCAAUAAGAUCUGUCCCAGAGACCUUGUUUUUGACCCAAGAUGACACAUUUUUUUAUCCAAGAUUUCAUGUACACAAAUAUUUUUAAAAUUAAUUAAAAUUUAAUUUUUUGAAAAUUAUGGGUAGAUAUGAAUUUCAUGAUUAGGAUGUAUGUUUAUAAAAUAGCAAUUGAAUUUAGUUGUUGACUGAUAUUGAUAGGUUUGGUUAGCAUAGAUUUUUUUAUAACAUCGGGAAAAUAUUUCCUAAAAUUUGACCUAGUGACCUAGUUUUUGAUCUGAGGUGACCCAUAUUCACAAAUGUUUAAGACAACAUGUAGACAAUAUUCUGACCAAGUUUCAUUAAGAUUUGACAAAACUUAAUGAAUUUUUACGACUGUGGAAUUCUUUCUCCUAAGAUUUGACCUUGUGGCCUAGAAUUUGACCCGGGAUGACCAAUAUAAAAAAAAAGCAAGAUAUAAUGCAGACAAGCAUUCUGACCAUGUUUCUUUAAGAUUUGAUAAAAAUUGUUGAAUUUAUUACCGUGAAAUAUUUCUUCUAAAGAUUUGACCUAGUGACUUAGUUUUUGACCCGAUAUGAAUCAUAUUCAUAGUUAUUCAAGAUAACAUGCCGAGAAAUAGUCUGACCAAGUUUGAUAACCAUUGAAUGAAAACUCUUGAUUUUAUUACAUAAAAUGAAAACUUUAACGCAGAAUCGUUAACGCCCGCCCGCCCGGUUUUCGCCAUUCUAUAACCCGUAGUUUUUCGAUGAAAAAUCCGGCCAAAAAUGAACUUACGCCUUAUGAUCUGCUUUUUGUUCGCUAUUUAUCGCAAUAUUUGAUACUUCCUCUAGCCUAGAUAUAUAACCUCUAGAGAAAAACAGGACAAGAUAUUUGAAAAUGAGGAAGAUAUUAUUGCAGUGUUUCCAUUGUGAUAGUUUCAUGAACGCAAACGAAAUCAUCAGGCCACUAAAUGAAACUGAGCAGAUACUUAGAUAAACAGGGGCUGCAAACGACGAUUUUCAAAAAUAUGUCUAUUAUUACGUACUUUUAUAAAGAAAAAGUAUUUUAGAGAGUAAAAUGAAAUGUUGAUACAUACUUCUUGUUAAACCAUAUAAAACCAGUGUCCAGUGUUCACAAGUUGUGUCAUUGUUUUAUGUUAACUAUAAAAUAUUUAAUUAUUCACCACGAAUAUGUCAAAGUUUACAGGUAGUCACUUCCGGUCACUUCCGGUAGUAAACAAUAUUGUAUCAAUUCUGAUUGGUUGCUUUAUUUUGCGAUAGUUUUUGUGCAAAUAUUUCUUUGUUUAGAUAGAUCUUUUUUUGUCGUGCCUGACAGUUGUCUUUUGAAAUAAGUUGUAAAUAAGCCUACUCCCCCCAACCCUAGUUUUAUAUUGCAGUGUACUGUGUUUGAUGUAUGUUGUUAAAGCUACAUAAAUGUUGUUUAACUUCAUCUGCAUGUGUUGUGCUAUGCUUACUGUUUGUUUGCAUGUGUUAGUUAAUAUUAAUCAUGAUUAGACAUCAUUUUAGUUGUAGUUACACAGUUGUAUCAGCUGUUACAUUGGUUGUAAUUCCUGUGGACAUAUGUGUUAUCUGUGAAUUGCGGAUUUAUAUGUUUCUGGUUAUUUAAUAAUAACAUUUUUAAUUAUAUUGAUUUUAUGGCACGACAAGUGAGCAAUACAUAUUGACUAUCA